AUGUAUAAGAAAUCAAAGUCAUUUUUCUUGAGUGGUUUUGUGGAUGUUGAUUGGGUUGGUGACGUGAACAACAGACGCUCCGCAACAAGUUUUUGUUUUACAGCAGGCUCUUCUGCAAUUUCAUGGAACAGUAAAAAGCAAAGCACUUUUGCUUUGUCAAGUUGUGAAGCAGAAUAUGUACCUGCUACAAUGGCUACUCGAGAAUGGUUGUGGCUCAGGAAACUUAUUCAAGAAAUGGUGACUACUCUCAAUCAGCCAAUUCAAAUUAAUUGUGAUAAUGAAAGUGCAAUAAAACUGGUUGGAAAUCCGGCAUUUCAUGCUCGUUCGAAACAUAUUGAAACUCAUUAUCAUUUUGUUCGAGAGAAAGUGUUAUGGCAGUAUGUUCAAUUGCAAAAAAUACAUACUAAUGAGCAUGUUGCAAACAUAUUUACUAAGACACUUGCCAAAGUGAAGUUUGAAGUUAUUCCUAAGGCUCUUGGAGAUUUUGUUAGCUUUAUUUCUGCAAAUAAAUUAGUUGCAGUUUUCUCUGUACUGUGUNAUGAAACUCAUCUAAUUGCAGCAAAAAUGAUUCUUUAUUACAUGAAGGGCACCCUAAAUUAUGAAUUAAUGUAUAAGAAAUCAAAGUCAUUUUUCUUGAGUGGUUUUGUGGAUGUUGAUUGGGUUGGUGACGUGAACAACAGACGCUCCGCAACAAGUUUUUGUUUUACAGCAGGCUCUUCUGCAAUUUCAUGGAACAGUAAAAAGCAAAGCACUUUUGCUUUGUCAAGUUGUGAAGCAGAAUAUGUACCUGCUACAAUGGCUACUCGAGAAUGGUUGUGGCUCAGGAAACUUAUUCAAGAAAUGGUGACUACUCUCAAUCAGCCAAUUCAAAUUAAUUGUGAUAAUGAAAGUGCAAUAAAACUGGUUGGAAAUCCGGCAUUUCAUGCUCGUUCGAAACAUAUUGAAACUCAUUAUCAUUUUGUUCGAGAGAAAGUGUUAUGGCAGUAUGUUCAAUUGCAAAAAAUACAUACUAAUGAGCAUGUUGCAAACAUAUUUACUAAGACACUUGCCAAAGUGAAGUUUGAAGUUAUUCCUAAGGCUCUUGGAGUUUUUGAGAAAUAA